CUCUUAAAUGUGGCAGUGUGGAAAGUUUGGUUCAUUGAAGGGUACAGCCGUAGACCAUAGCCUCUCGACUCUAGAGAGAGAAAGUCUGUAGUGCCAGCGAUGAAGCUGAAGGAUCAAUAGCUUUGCUCUCAGUUCAAAGCUGGCAUUUGCUUUUGCGGUGGUUUGUUCUCUCCCACCACCACCGCACCACCACCACACUCCUCUUCCCUUAAAACCAUUCCCCUCUUCUCUCUCUCUCUCUCUCUCUCUCUUUCUCUCUCUCUAUACUUACAAAUACAUAUAGAGAGAGAGUGUGUGUGUGUGUAAGGUUGAUGGUAGAUCCCUGUGCAACAACAAUGGCAGCAACAUCUCCAUCUUUGGCGGGUGGAGAAAAGAAGCAUUAUUGGUGGCUUAGCAACAGAAAGAUUGUAGAUAAAUAUAUCAAAGAUGCGAGAAUCCUGAUUGCGACUCAAGAACAGAGCGAGAUCGCAUCGGCUCUGAGCCUUCUCGACGCGGCUUUAGCGCUCUCCCCUCGCUUCGAGCUCGCUCUCGAACUCAAAGCUCGUUCGCUUCUUCAUCUCCGGCGAUUCAAGGACGUGGCUGAUUUGCUACAGGACUACAUUCCGAGCAUCAAAAUCGCCUCCGACGACUCCUCGUCUUCUAUCUCCUCCGAUAACUCUUCUCAGCAGCUUUCGAAAGAGCAACUUCUCUCGCCGCAGAGUGAUCGUCCUUCUUUCAAGUGCUUCUCUGUCUCCGAUUUGAAGAAGAAAGUCAUGGCCGGCCUCUGUAAAAAAGUCGACCAGGAAGGGCAAUGGAGGUACUCGGUUCUGGGUCAAGCAUGCUGCCACCUGGGUCUAAUGGAGGAUGCCAUGCUCCUACUCCAGACCGGAAAACGCCUCGCCACCGCCGCAUUCCGCCGCGAAAGCAUCUGCUGGUCGGAGGACAGCUUCUCCGGCGAAAUCAUCACUCUCCCCAACCAACCCCAAACCCCUCCAAAGACCGAGUCCGAGAGCAUAAUCCAGUUGCUCAGCCACAUCAAGCUCCUCCUCCGCCGCAAGACGGCCGCUAUCGCCGCCCUCGACGCUGGACUCUACUCCGAAGCCAUCAGACAUUUCUCGAAGAUCGUCGAUGGCCGGCGAGGAGCCCCUCAGGGGUUCCUCGCCGAAUGCUACAUCCAUAGGGCAUCGGCAUAUAAAUCCGCGGGUCGAAUCGCUGAGUCAAUUGCGGAUUGCAAUCGGACAUUGGCUUUAGACCCAACCUCCAUUGAAGCCCUCAGUACCAGAGCUUCACUCUUUGAAACAAUCCGAUGCUUACCAGACUCUCUUCACGAUCUCGAACACUUGAAACUUCUGUACAACACGAUUCUACGCGAUCGAAAACUCCCCGGUCCGGCCUGGAAGCGACACAACGUGAGGUACCGAGAAAUUCCUGGAAAACUCUGUACUUUAGCCACCAAGAUUCAGCAACUGAAACAGAGAGUUGCGUCGGGCGAAACUGGGAAUGUAGAUUACUAUCAAUUGAUUGGGCUGAGACGAGGGUGUUCGCGAUCGGAGUUGGAGAGAGCUCAUUUGUUGCUCACAUUGCGGCAUAAGCCUGAUAAAGCUACCAAUUUCAUUGAUAGAUGUGAAUUUGCAAAUGAUCGUGAUGCUGAUUCGGUGAGAGACAGAGCGAAAAUGUCAGCAUUGUUGAUAUAUAGAUUGAUUCAGAAGGGAUAUACGAGUGUAAUGACGACGAUCAUGGACGAAGAAGCUGCGGAGAAACAGAGAAAGAAGGCUGCAAUUGCUUUGCAAGCAGCUGCUACUGCAAUGCAAGUUCAACAAAGUCACAAUGAACAACAACAACAGAUUAAAUUGGAAGAUGAAUUUUGUACAGUUUCUUCGAAUAAUCAGAUCGAAAACAAAGCAGCGACGACAGUGUUUCAAGGAGUGUUUUGUAGGGACAUUGCAGCAGUUGGGGAUUUGCUAUCUCAGGUUGGGUUUAACCGUUCGAUUCCAGUGAAGUUUGAGGCAUUAAGCUGCUGAUGUUUCAAUGAUCCUGAUCAGUCUUUACCGGCGGGAGAAUCUGAUUUGUUAGUGUUUGUACAAAAAGAAAAUUUUGUAAUCCUUGCUCGGAAAAUUUUGUAACCCAUUUUCUCUCUCAAUCCCCAUCCAAUGUACAGAGUUAAUUCAGAACCGCCAAUCUUUUUUUGCUUUAUUGUUUUGGAUUUUAAAUUUGGAGUCAUUUUCUCAUUGGA